AUGCUAAGAUCAUCGAUACAGAGGCAACUGCUUCGUUCAUUUCACUUCUCCCCUACUAAUUUAAAUAAACCACCGUCAUCACCAUUAAAAGUAUUUCUCGACACUUUCAAACAAGAAGUUCAAAAAUCAGCAGAAUUAAAAGAAAAUAUAAAAGCAUUACAAGAUGAAUCUGGAAGAAUGGCAGAAUCAGAAGCUUUUAAAAGAGCUAAAGAAGCAUAUGCAAAAGCUCAAAAGGGAAGAAGUGCUGCAGGUGUAGUUGUUAAAAAAACUGCAGAUGCAAUGGGUGAUGUAGCUUAUAAAGCAUGGGAAUCACCUGUUGGUAAAGGUGUAAGAACAACUGUUAAAACAAGUGCAGAAGUUGCUGAUAGAGCUUUUGAUCCAGUAAGACAAACUCAAAUAUAUAAAGAUGUUUCAGAAGUUAUAGAUGAUGGAUCUUCUAAUGCAUAUGGAGGAUUUUUAACAAAAGAACAAAGACAAGCAUUAAGAGCAAAAGAAUUAGCUAAAAAAUUAAAAGAAGGAUAUAAAGGACCAGUUAAAGAAAAUGAAGAAGCAGGUGGAGAAAUUAUAGCAACUGAACAUAAAUCUUCAGGUCCAACAACUGGAGAAAAAUGGGAAAAUUUUAAACAAAAAUCAUCAAUUGGUAAAGCGAUUGUAUACCUAAAGGAAAAAUGGGAUGAAUCAGAAAAUGGAUUAAUAAGUGUAAUACGUACAAUAAUAGAAAAAAUUACAGGAUUUUUUUCAGAAACUGAACAAGCAAAAGUUGUUAAACAAUUAAAAUAUAUGGAUCCAUCUUUUAAAUUAACAGAUUUUCAAAAAACUUUAACAAAUUAUAUUGUUCCAGAAGUUAUUGAUGCAUAUAUUAAAAAUGAAUCAAAAAUUUUAAAAGAAUGGUUUAGUGAAGCUCCUUAUAAUGUUUGGGAAGCAAAUAAUAAACAAUUUAUUCAACAAGGAUUAUAUUCAGAUAGUAGGAUUUUAGAUAUUCGAGGAGUUGAUAUUGUAACUUGUAAAUCACUUCAACCAAAUGAUAUACCAGUAGUUGUUGUUAGUUGUAGAGCUCAAGAAAUCCAUUUAUAUAGAAAAGCUAAAACUAAUGAAAUUGCUGCAGGUACUGAAGAUCAUAUUCAAUUAAGUACUUAUGCUAUGGUAUUAACUAGAAUACCUGAAGAAUUUGAUAAUCCAACAACUGAAGGUUGGAAAAUUGUUGAAUUUGCUCGUGGUGGUUCAAGACCAUUUCAUUAG